CACUGCGUCGAGCGGAGUUCAGUUUGGGACGGUGCUGUUGAAACACCCCGCAAUAAAGGGCUGAUGUCCGGAGAAGGGAGGUCUAUGAAAACCGACUGCUUUGUCUCGGGCACGCUCUCUUCUUCUUCACUGAAAGAGACAUUCAGCCAAAUUAAGCACAGACGAGGGAAGGAGCGGGGGAAGAGGUCUCAUCCAAGAGACCAACUAGAAGAUACCGAUAGCGACUGCGAGAUCUGCAGAUGUUCCCUGUCCUCGAAUACUGGAAGUAGCCGCACGGUCCGUAAGAUCCUGACCGCCUGUGUCCUCUCUCUGGUGGCUCUCCUGGGAUCAGUCUCCUUGGAGCUGAGCAGCAGCCUGGAGGUGUGGAGGAACACUGAGGCUGCCCUUCACAACCUCAUUUCAUGCAGGAACCUCCUCAUCAUCAAACUCAUUGACCGGCUGCAGCAGGAACGAGAAGCCUGCCGACUGGCCAGCCUCAACAAGACCCUGUCUGGGACCUGUCCUCAAAUCAGCAGCCACUUGAUGGUCAGGAUUAACCAUCUCUGCAUGGAGGUGGAGCAGGGCAUGGAUGUACGAGAAUGCGCGGAAGGCAAGGAUCAAGGUUGUGGCAAACGUCUGGAUGAAAUCUCCACAGUGCUCAACAUGACCUGGAGAAAGGAGACCUCAGAUAUCAACGACACUGCUGAGGCUGCUGCUUUCUCGCUGGCGAUCACAAAGCUCAUGGAAGUUUGGGGGGACCUUGAACAGGAUCUGGAGCUGGUGAGGCUCAAUCCCGAUUGGGCAGACGUGUUGUCACUCAGGCUUCUAACCUGGGUCAAAGAGGUGGCCACCAAGAUACAAAGUUCUGGAUCCAUCACCAGCUUUCAGACUUCUUGGCAGCAGACCAUAAGCACCUUGAACUUUGCAAUACUGGUGUCUGACAACUUGCAGAAAUGCUGGCUGGAGAACGGCAACCUUUCACUGUACUUCACACAGUUUAAAGACACUUCCCUUCCCAUGCCCUUUGGGGCCUCCUUAGAUUUACCUCCCGCCAACUGCAUGGACGCCUUUGUUCAUGGGCUGGCUGACGUUCAGGACUGCUUGCUCCAGAGGGGCAGCCAAACUUUGAAAAAGAAAUCGAGAGACUUUCUCUCAGCCGUGAGCCUCAAGAUCAGCCUCUUAACCAUAGCCUGCCUCAUCUACCCCAUAGUCCUGGUGUCCUUCAAGCAGAUGACAGAGUGGAUACAGAACUACGCAAGGAGCCUCAAGGAGAGGACCGAGGAUCUCAAACAGGAGAGGCGUCUUGCGGAAGAUCUCCUUCACCAGAUGCUGCCCAAAUCCGUAGCCAAGCAACUCCGGAGAAAUAAGCACGUGGAAGCCGAGAGUUACGAAAGGGUGACCAUUUUCUUCUCUGAUAUAGUGGGGUUCACCUCCAUCUCUGCCUCAUGCACCCCUCUGCAGGUGGUGGAGAUGCUGAACAACCUCUAUGUGUGUUUUGACACUCGCAUAGACUCCUAUGAUGUCUACAAGGUGGAGACUAUCGGAGAUGCCUACAUGGUGGUGAGUGGCCUGCCCGAGAGGAAUGGGGAGAAACAUGCAGACGAGAUUGCUAAAAUGGCCCUGGAUUUGGUAGCUGCAAUUCGACAGGUGCCGAUUCCUCACAUGCCUUCCAAGAGGCUGCAGCUCCGAGCUGGGAUCCACACAGGUCCCUGCGUGGCUGGGGUGGUGGGCUACAAGAUGCCACGAUACUGCCUCUUCGGAGAUACUGUCAACACUGCAUCACGCAUGGAAUCCACCAGCUUGCCUCAAAAGGUUCACGUUAGCUCAGAGACUUAUAUUGCAUUGACAAAGGAUGACGCGUAUGAGCUCCAGCUCCGAGGUGAAAUUGAAAUCAAGGGGAAAGGUAAACUGAAGACAUACUGGCUGAUGGGACACAAGAAUUACAGCGUGCAGAACGACAGUCUGGUUUGUCACUGGAAUCCAAAUUUAUCGAGGAAAAAGAAAGUCGAAAACGCCAGCGCGACACAGUCCAACGCGAGCAUUACAGUGCUGAGUGAAAGGACCACCCCGGUAUCUUUGCAGGACCCCGGCGCUAAUAAUAACAAAAGGCUGGAUUCAGAUGAGGGAGCGCCGAGCCCGCUGCGGGUGUCAGCGUUGAUGCAAAAGCUCCCGGCUAACCAGAAGACUGACAGCGGCCCCACAGCCACCCUGGGAUACAUGACGCACGGCGUGCAAGGAUACAUUAGCCAGGAAAACAGUCCCGAAAUCUGGGCCAGAAACGGGCUGUCACGUGGCAGCCAUGGGAUUAAUGGGGGCGACAAAGCCAGUCUCCUUCCAGGCUCUGCUGAUAACAGUUAAAGGAAAAUAAAAUCACGGGCGUGGUGAAGAACAAAGAGAUGUUAUCAUUUUUGUUUAAGUUGUAUGACAAAAUGCACGUCGUUGUAGCAACCUGCUUUCUACUUGAAACUGUGACUGGAACAUUUAAUAUUUUUUUCAGCUGUGUAUUUCUUUUUCAUCAAUUUUAGUUGCUUAAACAACAAAUAGUUUGUACUAAACAAAGCGUGGUGGUUAUUGAAGAUAAUAUAUAAAAUUGACAUAUACAAAGACAUAAUUCGAAAAACAGAAAGUAACAGUGUUAGCUA